AUGUCAAAAAAUUUCAUUACGGAUAUUUUGGAACCUGUACCAUUUGAAAAGUGGCCUUUUAUUCAAAAUAAAACAAAGCUCAAUUGGCCAGAAUUUGCAUAUUAUUAUUACUGGAUUCAAAAUUCUAUUGUAUGGAAAAAAGAAAAUCCAAAUAUAUCUAUUCAAAUUUAUUGUCCAGAUGGAGAUUAUGAACAAGGAACUUUUAUUGGAAUAAGCAACUUUUCAGUUUAUAAUAUAUUAAUAUUUACACUGCACCCAAACAGUGACAUCAUACACAAAGUGUUAACAGAAACCAAACUCAUCGAUUACAAUCAACAGAUAUGUUUUGCUUCAGUUCAUGAAUCUUUUGUAUCUAAUGUAUUUACUGCACUAGAAACUCUCAAGAUACCAGAUGAAUGUUAUAUAAAACCUUUGGAUAAAUUAAACGUUCCAUUAAUACAUUCUUUAUGGCCACAUAGGAAUAUGAAAAAUCCUGAAUUAUCCUUAAAAUACAUAGCAACGUUGAUAGAAUUAAAUGGUGGAAUAGGACUAUAUUUAAAAGAAAAUGAUUCUUUAGUUUCUUGGGGUAUACAAAAUGAUUGGCAGGGAUUAGGAAUGGUACAAACUUUGGAAAAACAUAAAGGAAAAGGUUAUGCAAAAGUAAUAGUAAAUGUGCUUUCAAAAAAAAUUGCCGAGCAAGGAAUUUCAACAACACUAUUUAUUAUUAAAGGAAACACACCAUCGGAAAAAAUGUUUAAAACUCUUGGUUGGAAAACAGUUGCAUCUUGUGAAUUUAUAAAACUCACUACUACUUUAUUAAAAAAACAAUAG